GCUUGGACGGGCUAGAUGAAUACCAGCCCAAUAAUAAGGUAUUAUAAGACAGGAAGGUGCAAUAAUAAAAGCAGAGGAUGUAAAGAAACAAAAACAAGUGUCUAUCAGCUUGCCAUGUCUUCCUCUUGUUGUGCAAUUGCAACAAAUGUUUUUCAGACAGGAAAAUACACUACACUCAUUCAAAAACUAGAAUCUUCAUCAUCAUCAUCAUCUCCUCCAAAACAACUCUUAAUUGGCAUGCCAUGUGAAGCUGGAGAAUUCCCAGUUGUAAUUUUACUCCAUGGUUUUCUUCUCUAUAACUCCUUCUACUCUCAACUCAUUCAACAUCUUGCUUCUCAUGGCUUCAUUGUUAUUGCUCCUCAGCUGUACACUGUUGCCGGAGCAGAUACAACCGAUGAGCUAAAAGCCACAGCUGCAAUAACCAAUUGGUUAUCGGAAGGAUUAUGUGGCAUUCUUCCCCCCCAUCUCCGACCAAAACUAAGCAAGCUAGGCCUUGCCGGCCAUAGUCGAGGAGGAAAGGCAGCAUUUGCACUUGCUCUACAGAAAUCAGGCAUCACUACUAAACUAAAAUUCUCAGCAAUAAUAGGUAUAGACCCAGUCGACGGAAUGGACAAAGGAAAACAAACACCUCCUCCGGUGCUUUCAUACGUCCCUCAUUCGUUCGAUCUCGAUAUGGCAGCAAUGGUUAUCGGUUCGGGCUUAGGUGAAGUGAAAAGGAACCCUCUGUUCCCUCCGUGCGCGCCCAAGGGCGUUAAUCAUGAGGAUUUCUUCAAGGAAUGUAGGAAACCAGCUUAUCAUUUUGUGGUGAAAGAUUAUGGUCAUCUUGAUAUGCUAGAUGAUGUUACUAGUGGAAUCAGAGGGAAAACUAGUUAUUGUUUGUGUAAGAAUGGCAAAUCUCGAGAGCCGAUGAGAAGGUUCGUUGGAGGUGCAAUGGUUGCGUUUUUUAAAGCUUAUUUGGAAGGUGAUAGUAGAGAUUUAAUGGCUAUUAGGAAGGGGCAGAGUGGACCUGUUGAGCUUCAAGAUGCUGAAAUCUAUAUAUGAUCCUAAAUGCUAUAAUAGACAAUUACCAUAUAGAUUAAGCAUAAUGAGUUCAAUCUCACUGGCGUAGUAACUUGUAGAACAACUCUAUGUUUCUGAGUAUCAAAAAUUAUAGAACUCUAUAUUCAUGAUGUAUUUUGUAGAAAAUGUUGCUGAUUUUCCGUUUCAGCGCUUCCUUUAUAAUACAUUAGUUACCUACCGAGAAUAAAUUAAACUUAGUAA